CCAGACUUGAUAUUAUGGUGUCCCCGUCUUUUCUUUCCGCCAUUUGCGAUCUCUCAACCCUUCUUUUUCGUGUGGAACGACAUAAGUUGCCGCGAAAUAAUUGCGCACCGUAAAUCUCGCACCCUAAUUGAUCCUGUUUGCGCAAAGCCAUGCCCCGUCCGCUUCAGUUUUCGCUUCAAAAGACGCACGCAAAGCACAACUGGCCUCUCUCCAAUUUUCCACCUUCUUUUUCGCGUUCAAUCGGGGCAAGAAUCGCCCACGCGCCGUACAACUCCUUCGUACUCUCCUUUCAAAGGUGUGCCUAAAAAAGAAAGAAAUCUUGGGAUUUCAUUGAGCUUCACUUCGGUUUAUGGGGAUGAUUGUCUGAGUGGUAACAAUGGAGAGAAAAAAGCUUAAUUUCAAUGCCCCUCUUCUAUCAGUAAGGAGGAGGAUCAACAGUGGUCAUCAAUCAAAGAGAGUACGUAGAAAGCACAUCGAAAACCCACUGCCUAACAAUAGAGAGCAGUCCGUUCCUGCCCCGCAACCUGAUCCUGAGUUGACUGAGGCUACAAGCAAAACACUUGCAGUUCCAUUUUGUUGGGAACAAGCCCCCGGAAAACCCAGAGGUGAAAAUGGAGGUGAAGUGCACCGGUAUGAGAAUAUGCUCCGUUUGGGUAGGAAACCAAAUUCCAGGUCCCAAUCUAAUGACAUCACUCCAUUCAAAGAUCACGGUGCUUUACUGGACAGUUUGGUAGAGCGUAUGUAUGCGAAAGGGGAGUUUGAUGCGGAAAGACGGGACUACUCUUAUUCAGAGGAGGAAGGCUUAGAUGAUGCGUUCAUGAUGAGGCGUUCCAUACGUGAAUUGAAAGCUGGUUCCAUACGUGAAUCAAAGGCUGUGGUUGUGGUCACUGAGGAGCCAAAGUUGGUGAAGAACAAGUCAGUUGCAGUGGAAAGAAGGCAUUAUUAUUACAGUGAGUAUGCAGAUGAUGCAGCCAUUGAGUACGAUGAACACGAAGUGACUAGUUAUCAACACAAAAGGCCACAUAAGUUUUGGAAGCUUUUCCAUCGGCUUCGAGCUAAGAGUUCGUCUGAGGGACCAAAGAUAAGAAAUCUUGAGGCCUCCCCAUCAUUAAUAAAUGGGCCUGGAAGAAAGACUGGAAAUACUCUUCUUGGCAGAUCUCGUAGCCAGUCCAGAAAAGCUUAUAGUGGACCUCUUGGAAAGCAGCCUAGUGAUUCAACCUCCCAGCAAAGAUUUCAUUCUGGGGCGUUAUCUGGGGAGCUAUUUAAAGUGGGCAAAAGAAACAUAUCCAACCAGUUGUCUCACUCCAGAAGUGCCACUGCAUCUCCCGUCCGGAAUUUCGCUUCUUCAUCUCAUUCUAGUGACCGGACGAGAUUUCUCGGGGUACCAAGAGAAUUGGAGAAUUUCAAAGGUGGUUAUCAUCAUCAUGACAUUCCGACACGGAACAUGCACACAGGAGCAUCAAAUUCACCCAUCGACGUGGUUGAGAAAACAGUAUAUGUAGAUUCUGUGAAUUAUGUGAAAACUCCCAGUCUUGAUUCGUUUCCUUCAAAAACCAAGGCGGUUAUCGAAACUUUGAGUCAUGUGAAACCUCCAGAAGAAUUGAAGGGUAUCUCAGAAAGGAGAAAAGGUUCAAAAAACAUGAAUCAAGAGCGGAUAAAUCAGCAACAAGGUUUAAAAGAAUUGGAAAUUGUUCAUAGGAAUGAAAAUAUAAGUAGGAGCAGUAAAGAAUCUUCAUAUCCACCCUUACCUAAGUCACCAACAGAAUCUUGGCUUUGGCGUACACUGCCUUCAGUUUCUCCGCGAAGCAAUAUUGACAAUAUAGAUAAGAGUCCAAGGGCUGCUACUAAUCCUGCUAUCAGACGGGAGGUCACUGUGAAAUCUUGCAAUGAGAACCUUUGUAAUAACUCCUAUUAUUUCGAGGAACUUGUUCCUCAUGGCUCUCACCUUUGGUAAGAGCCACUCAAUGUGGAAGUGUUCACUUCAAGUACUGUAAGUUUCUUUUUAUCUAGUCAUUGAAAGUGGCUUUUCUUGGUCCUGUUUAGUACCAAAAAUUAAGGGGCCACAUUCCUUUUUUUGAAAUACUAGAACUCCCUCUUUGAGGUUUUUGUUUAGGGGGAGGGCGUAAAAGAGAGAAUGACGUUUUAUUGUUUUGGAGUACUUAGUUCAGCAAUUCAUAGCUUUUGUUUGGACUCUUCGAAUGACAUUGUGGGGAGCCAACAAAUUCCUAGUUUUAUAACUUAGUUGAGUUUUGAUUCAUUUCAAAUUAAUUUGCUGUUUCCUCGAGUGGGAAUUUCUAUAUCUGUUGCUUAGUUCUUACGGUAAUCAGGUGAUGUAUAUCUGGAAAUACAUUUACAUAAUAUGUCAUUUUAGGAGUAUCCUUGAACUUUUUUUCAUUUUAAAAAGUCACCAUUUAUUGAGCCUCUGUAGCAUUUUCUCUAUAAUGUAUCCGCUCUAGCUACCAGGAUUUUAGAUAUAAUUCUGUAAAUAGCAUUGCAGCAUGGAAUCGAUG